AUGUCUGAGAUAUGCCCUACAUCUUCGAUAACGUAUCGAGGCUUCCGGCUUCUGUUUCAAGGCAUAGUCCACAUUUUCUUCCGUGAAGUUCAAGCCAGCGGUCUCCAUCACAUACCAACCAAUGACCCGUGCAUCUUCAUCGUCGGUCCUCAUGCCAAUCAAUUUGUUGACGGGAUUGUCUUUUACAGUACGAAUCCAAGACAAUCUUAUGCCCUCAUGGCGUCUGUGUCAUAUAAUCGUCCGAUCAUUGGCCAUGUUGGCAAACUUCUAAGUGCCAUUCCUGUUGUUCGACCUCAAGAUAUUGUGAACAAAGGCACGGGUUUCGUUCUAUAUGAUCUGAAUGAUCCGUAUAAAAUUCGCGGUCAUGGCACUCGGUUCUUGGAGGAAUUGCAUCCGCGUGACUUUAUCAUUUUUUCGCGAAAUUACAAGGGUCAUGUUGCGCGCAUUAUUGACGAUACCACACUGGAAAUCACGCAUGUUCUAAAUAUCCCAAUUUCCGACCUUAGUGACCAAGGUCACAGCUUCAAGAUUGCACCUCACGUCGACCAGACACCUGUGUAUAACGAAGUAUAUCGGUAUCUCGAUAACCAUGAAUGUGUCACGGUGUUUCCUGAGGGUGGUAGUCAUGAUCGAACAGAAAUGCUGCCACUCAAAGCUGGCUUUGCCGUCAUGGCACUAGGAGCAAUGGCUGAAACCCCCAACCUUAACUUGAAAAUUGUUCCAGUUGGAUUGAAUUACUUUCAUCCCGACCAAUUCCGAUCGCGAGCGGUGAUAGCUUAUGGACAACCGAUUUCCAUUGAUGUCAAGGAUGUGGAGGCGUUCAAGCAAGGAGGACAGCAAAAGCGGGAAGCAAUUACAAGGCUGCUGGAUCAGAGUGAUGAAGCGUUUAAAAGUGUCACAACUACUGCACCUGAUUACGAGACAUUGAUGGUACCAAAAGACGACACUGAUACAUGCUGA